CAGAUCAAGGCUGGAAGGAGAGGUAUACAUGAAGAAACAGAGGAAUACAUAGAGAGAGGGUUGUUCGUGGAGCACAAAAGCGAGGAAGAGGAGGUUUGAUCCAUCUAAAGUGAACCAAGGAUCGAAUUGGGCCUUACGUUGUAGAAGACAGCCCAUUAAUGACGAUAAGGAAAGAGCUCAAACCCGCCUUUUUUAUUUGUCAAAAAAUCGCGGGCUUUUUAAGUGGGUGCGAGUUCUGUUUUGAAACGAUGACGUUUUCUAAGUGGGUGCGGUUCUCUCUUCUGUCUCUCUCUCUCUGUCUACUUGUUCAUCUUCUUCACUCCUAAAACCCUAAUCUUCUCCACACUCACUCAGAAUCCCUGCCUUUCCUUCUUCCCGGCGACCCUGUAAUUUCAUUAACGUAUAUCCGAUUUCUCUAAAAGAGAGAUCCCCCCCCCCACAAUCCAAAAAGGGGUUUCCUGCGAUAACAGAGGUCCGCUGUAAAGUUGCCUUUUUUUUUCCAUUUGCUCUGUCUCGUUGCUGUUGAAUCCAUUUGAGGGACAAAUCAAAGUCAAAUGGAUUAUUUAGACUUGGAUGAUCAACCUGCUGCUGCUGCUGCACCAGCUGCAAGGGCCGGUGCAAAGUUUAAACCGAAAGGUAGACCACAGCCCAAGAAGAAGCUACUCUCUCUUUCAACCUCCCAAACCACACUCUCUACCCUUCAUCUUCCCAAGGAAACACUCUCUACGCAAACCCAAGAUCCCGUUUCUCUAGAUGAUGUUUCAACUAUUGUGCCUGAUAGUGAACCCAUUAACCAAUCCACCAUUGAAACAAUCUCUAAAGAGAAUGUGUUCUCAGAAGGGCUUUCUGUUCUUCGUGCUUGUUCUAACGUUAAUUCUGAGGGAAAGAAGUGUGAUAAUGCCACAGAGGCAGCACCUGCAUAUCCUCAUGAUGAUGAUCCUAGGAGACAAGACUCUGGACAUUUUGUUACUCAGGAAACGGAUGAUACUAUUCAUCCUCAAACUCAAAGGAUGCAAACAGGGGAAGACGAGUGCCAUUGGAACAUGGAGACUCUUAAUAUUGUACAGGAGGAAGGCAUCAUCACCACUUCAUAUGAGCAACAUACUGGAAAGUUCCAACCAAAGCCUAGAUUGCCAGACGCUGUGAUUGAAGAACCUGAGUCUCAUUGCUCUGUUGAUUACACAACGGAUGCUAAUCAGUAUGCGUUAACGGUCAAUGUGGAAUCAAGAAAUGAAUUUAAUAGUUUGGGGAAUACAGUAGUGGAAGAAGAAACACUGACAGGAAGAGAAAGCAAAAAGGGAAAAUCGAAGAGAGGUCGAAAGCAGAAAACCACUAGUGAAGAAGAACCAAAUAAGUCUCUCGAGAAGAAGAAGAAGUUCAAGCAUUCAGGUCGUCGGCAGAGAAACAGAACAUUGGAGAAAGAAUUGCUUGAAACCCCGGAUGAUGAAAUCAAAUAUUUGCCCAUUAGAGAUAUGCUUCGCCUUGUUGAAUAUAGAGAAUGGAUGGAGAAAAAGGAAGCAAAGGGAGCUCCUGUUGUGCCGUCAACCCAAGAAAGUAAUACGAACGCACUGGAGGAUAACCAUUAUUAUUCACAAGGUUUUGACGCAGAAGAUGAAUUUGGUAUGAUGGUGGAGACUGAAAAUCAAGAAAAUAACGUAGUGAAACCGGACUCACCGGUUAACUAUCAAACGUACAUGAACAAGACUCCCAGAGCUAAAUGGUCAAAGCAAGAUACAGAACUUUUCUAUGAGGGAAUUCAAGAGUUUGGGGGAAAUCUAUCGAUGGUACAACAGCUGUUUCCUGAUAGAACGCGUCAACAGAUCAAACUCAAGUUCAAAUUGGAAGAACGCAGGAAUCCAUUGAAGCUUAAUGAUGCAUUAACAACUCGCUCCAAACAUAUUACUCAUUUCCAUACUGUGAUUAAGAAGCUUCAGCAAGAAGCUGCAGCUGAAAGGGAAGGAGAAGAAGAAGAUGGAGAAGAGGAAGAGGAAACUACUGAUGUUCCUGAGAAUGAGGAGCCAGCGAAGUCUGAGGAGACGGGUGAUGGAGUAGCUGGCGUUAAGGAACCGGACCUUGAGUAUAUUGAGAAUAACGGAGGAGAUGAAUGUGAGGGAGAGGAUGAUGAUGAUGAUGAGUUUUGGAAUUCUUAUAAAAGUGAAAUGUAAACAAAUUAGUCCUUUUGUAUUUUGUUGAAGACUAAAUUAGUAAAUCUAUUUUUAUUGAGAUGGGAUU